AUGUCCAGCGUCUACUCACCAUGGAACGAAGCAGAAUUCAUGGCUCCUGCUCCAAUAGAGCGUGAACCAUCACCGGCCGAUUGUGGUGAAAUUUCUGAACGGGAUUUCAUGGCCGCACAGCUGUACGAAGAUGGAGAUCAGGACUACGAUAACGACAAUCCGAGCCAUCACGAUGACUACGGAUCGCCGCACUAUACAGCCUACAGCAGCAGUGAUGACGAGAAUGCCUUCAAUCAUCUUCCGCUGGCUCCUGUCGUCCGAUACAGCAGCUUCGCUGAUCAAGUUGCCUCUGUUCUUGACAUGUAUAAUCAAGAAUUUUGCGUUCUCCCACUUAGCGAAGACGUCCGGUGCAAUCCAUUUCGAAUCGACAGGGAGUCCUCUGAGAACGCGGCGUUCUUGCUUCACGCUGUGUUGGCUGUUGCUUCGCAACAUCUAGCCAAAAAGACUAAGUCUGCCCAGAUGAUAGAUCAGAUGCACGCCCAUCAAGGAAUGGCUGUAAAGCUGUUUUCGGAAGCCGUGGCCAACACUCCGCCGUCAGUUGCGCUCGAUACACUGCUGCUUCUAAUCACUUUUGAUGCUACACAGACAGCGUCUAGCACAUUCGGCGUGCACCUUGGUGGCGCCUUUACCAUCAUCGAAAGCGUCGGUAUUGACUUGGUUUGUCAGCACAGUUCUCGGACUCGAGCUCAGAUCGCCAUGCUGAUUUGGACUGAUCUAACUAUCGCGUUGAUCGGAAGAAAACAAACCAGGUUCCCAGACCGAUAUCUCAAGACACUACUUCGCUACUCGGGAGAGGAUGGAUGGAGUUGGAUGUCUCUCAAUGGCUGUUCGGUUGACCUUGUGAAAAUUAUGGCUCGUUUGACACGUCUUGCUGCCACCUACGAGAAAGUCUUAGAUAUGGAGUGGGCCAGCUUUGACCACACGCCUGUACGACAAUUGAUUGACGAGCUCUGCCGAUGGAAGAAUCCUGAGGAUCUCGACAUUGCGACCAUGACUCUGCCCACUUCUCCGCCACCAUCCGGAGCGAAUGCCGGAGGCUCCGAUGAGCCAGAUCAUGGCUCGAUGGAUCACAACAACUCCGAUGAUCCCGAUGUGCAAAUCAAUAAUAUGUACUGUGCCGACGAUGGCGCCUGUAUCCGGACCGAGCAUGAGAUGCGCAUUCAGCGCCUCCGUCUCCGCACAAUCAGAAUCCUUUCUCGCAAGAUCAUGGAUUGUAUCGGUUGCAUCGGCGACGCUGCCAUUGUACAGAAACAGGCCCUGCUACCAAUUUUUCUUGCGGGUGCAGAGAUAGUGCCUUUGCCUGGCGUCGGACCCGCGGAUCCUGUCGGCCUUCACAUCAAGCGCAAUUUUGUCCGAGCCUAUUGCAAACGCUGGACUGAAAUGGCACGAUACAAUAUGUUUGCGUCUGUCUCUACACUGCUGGAACGUGUCUGGGCAGACGCAGAUUCUGCUGUUGCCAGCGCCACGCCAAAUGAGUCUCCAGAAGACUCCUGGUGGGGCUGCUAUGUCGGGCCUAGAGGUUUCACGUCAACUGCUACUUCCACCUCGUUUCACAGCGAUGACACCGGCGAUGACGGACUAUUCGAGACAGAGUUACUGCUGGGAUGA